AUGCCAUCCGCUCUCAUUAUUGGUGCAUCCAGAGGUCUGGGUCUCGAACUGGCGAAGCAGUUGGGCAGUGACCCAGCGUACGCAUCGCUCAAUGGAAGGGUCUUUGCAACCGUACGGUCGGCGUCUUUCGACGCUUCUACUUUUCCGUCUUCUGUGACUACCAUUCCCGAGGUCGACCUUAAUGACCCCAACAAGGCAGGGACGCGAAUCGUAGAAGCUUUGAAGAAGGAAGGAAUCGCGAGUUUAGACCUGGUAAUCAUCAACGCUGGGGUUUUCAUCGCAGAGACGCUCGAUGAGCCCGAUUACGAGGCAGAGCUGGAGAUGUACAAGGUAGUAGCGAUUGCCCCAGUCUUCCUUGCACACCACCUCCACAAGGCGAACCUUUUCUCAAACCCAUCAAAGCUGGUAUUAAUCACGACAGAGGGUGGUUCUAUCACCUUGAGGACAAAGGAAGAAGGUGGUCAAAACUAUGGGCACCAUGGUUCGAAGGCCGCUGCUAAUAUGGUUGGAAAACUGCUUUCCUUCGACCUUGAAGGUGACGGAGUUACAGUGGUGAUGAUACACCCGGGCUUUAUGCGCACGGACAUGACAAAAGGCGUGGGUUAUGACAAGCACUGGGAUUCUGGAGGAGCGGUCUACCCAUCGGAAGCAGCUAAAUCUCUCAUCGACUUUGUAGCAACCGUUGAUGCAAGCAAAUCAGGAACAUUUUGGGCGCCGCGAGGUCCAAGGGACAUCGGAGAAGCAGAACGGGUACUUGGCAAGAACUUGCCAACUCCGCUUCAAUUGCCGUGGUAG